AUGACGCCCAUCAUUCACAAGAACCUGACGUGCCCCGAGCUGGUGCAGUGGGCACUGAAGCUUGAGAAGGACACGCGUCUGACGGCGCGCGGCGCGCUCUCGGUGAUGUCGUACGCGAAGACCGGCCGUUCACCACUCGACAAGCGCAUUGUGGACACCGAGGACGUGCACGGCAACGUUGACUGGGGCAAGGUGAACAUGAAGCUCUCUGAGGAGUCGUUCGCGAAGGUGAAGAAGCUGGCGACGGACUUCCUGGACACACGCCAGCACCUGUUCGUGAUUGACUGCUUCGCCGGGCACGACGAGCGCUACCGGCUGAAGGUGCGCGUGAUCACGACGCGCCCGUACCACGCGCUGUUCAUGCGCGACAUGCUGAUCGUGCCCACGCCGGCGGAGCUGGCGACGUUCGGCGAGCCGGACUACGUCAUCUACAACGCCGGCGAGUCGAAGGCGGACCCGUCGAUCCCCGGCGUGACGUCGACGACGUGCGUUGCGCUGAACUUCAAGACGCACGAGCAGGUGAUCCUCGGCACGGAGUACGCCGGCGAGAUGAAGAAGGGCAUCCUGACGGUGAUGUUCGAGCUGAUGCCGCGCAUGGGCCACCUGUGCAUGCACGCGAGCGCGAACGUCGGCAAGCAGGGCGACGUGACGGUCUUCUUCGGGCUGAGCGGCACCGGCAAGACGACGCUGUCUGCGGACCCGCGGCGCAACCUGGUGGGCGACGACGAGCACGUGUGGACGGACCGCGGUAUCUUCAACAUCGAGGGCGGCUGCUACGCCAAGGCGAUCGGGCUGAACCCCAAGACGGAGAAGGACAUCUACGACGCGGUGCGCUUCGGCGCGGUGGCGGAGAACUGCGUGCUGGACAAGCAGACGGGCGAGAUCGACUUCUACGAUGAGUCCAUCUGCAAGAACACACGCGUGGCGUACCCGCUGAACCACAUUGAGGGCGCGCUGGCCAAGGCGGUUGCGGGCCACCCGAAGAACAUCAUCUUCCUGACGAACGACGCGUUCGGCGUGAUGCCGCCGGUGGCGCGCCUCACGAGCGCGCAGGCGAUGUUCUGGUUCGUGAUGGGCUACACCGCAAACGUGCCUGGCGUGGAGGCCGGUGGCUCACGCGUUGCGCGUCCCAUCUUCUCGUCGUGCUUCGGUGGCCCGUUCCUCGUGCGCCACGCGACGUUCUACGGCGAGCAGCUGGCGAAGAAGAUGGAGCAGUACAACAGCCGCGUGUGGCUGCUGAACACCGGCUACGCCGGCGGCCGCGCGGACCGCGGGGCGAAGCGCAUGCCGCUGCGCGUGACGCGUGCGAUCAUCGACGCGAUCCACGACGGCUCGCUGGACCAGGCGGACUACGAGGUGUACCCCGGCUGGGGCCUGCACAUCCCCAAGCACGUCGCCAGCGUGUCGUCGCACCUCCUUGACCCACGCAAGGCGUGGAAGGACGUGCACCAGUUCAACUCGACCACGAAGGAGCUGGUGGAGAUGUUCCAGCAGAGCUUCAACGCACGCUUCGCCGCGAAGGCGUCGGCGGAGAUGAGGAGCGCCGUUCCCCGCUACGUCGAGGUGGCCCGCCUAUGA